AUUAAUUAGUGUCAAAUUUAUUUACGCGAAUUUCUUGGUUUUCCUCUUGAGAUCUUCACAAAUCCCAUUGAAAAACAAGUAAAUCAGUUUCAAAUUAGAAGAUUUAUUCGUCGGCCUAUAUGUAUUGGAUUAAAGUGUGUGGGAAUAGUGAGUUUUCAAAAUGUUAGUUGCGUGCGGGCUGAUGUUAUUGUUGAGUUCAGUGCGGUGUGGGAACAUCGAGAGCAAUGGUUUGAUUUUGGGCAAAGGGUUUGAUGGGAGCGUGUCUUAUUCGUACUGGCCAUCAAUGCUGCACGCGACGAAUAUGAUGAGGAUACGUAAAAGGGAGUUGCAGACAGAAGGAGGAGGCGUAAAGGUUGAAGCGCCGCCACCUGCUGAAAGCGCUGCCCAGCCCGCUGCUUCUGAUUCAGUGCCUGCGGCUCCUCAAUCCGUAGCUUCUGUUCAAGCGCCCAAUACACAACCAGAGCAUGCAGCGCCUUCACCACAGAUACCAGACACAAAGCCUAAAAAAGAUGACCAACCUCCUGCUAAGCCUGACGAAGUGAAAAACAAUGACACACCUAAAGUAGACAAUCCCAACGAUCAUACCCUUGUAAAUAGUUCUUCCACAGCUGAAACAAGUAUAGAAACAGCAAAAAAUAAAUCUUCCUCAAAUGAAGAUAAGGUAGAAUUAGGCCCUGGUUUUGUGAAGCGAGGAGUCAUCGUUUUUGGGGGCUUCGCACUCCUAGCUGUAGCAUAUUUCAUAUUUUAUAGGAGAAAAAGCAGUAAAAACGAAUCGAACAACUCGCACAAUGCUAUUGAUGCCAAUCAAUUCCGCUAUGGUGUACUCCAAUCAGAAGAUCGGAGAGACAACCUAGAACUAUCUCGAAUACCUUUAACUAUGGAAUCUGACGAAGACGACGAUGACUAUUUAGAAAUAUUUGACUUAGAACAGAAGAAAAAGUCUAUGUCCUAUGUUAAUUUGCAAGUAAAUGAUGAAGAGGUCGUGAAUGGACCUAAAGAUAAUGCAGAUGGUAACGAUAGAGAUAAUCUCUUAUUAGACAUAGAAGAUUCUAAUUACGAUCCACUGAUCAACUGGUCGGGUAAUGGUAACAAGUCAAUAUUAUAAUUUAUUUGAAUCUACCCAGAAUCAACGAUUCCGGUUGUUUAAUUCUAACAUUAAAAUUAACAAAGCUGGGCUUUGGCAUUUUAUAGUUUUUUAUGUGUAGCCGCUUUUUUAUUUUUUUUAUUACAAAAUUGACAAAGAUGAAUUUAAAAAUCUCAUACCUAUAUCGUUUUUCAUUUGCAAGUACAUUUCAUUAAUAUUUUAUAUUUCAUUAUAUUAUUUUCUAGCUUAAAUUGACUGACAAAUUAUAGAUUUGCUUUGAUUUAUUUUCUUAUGUUUUUUCCCAUACAUAUUUACUAUUUUUUUAGCUGACUAAACAAAGUUGAUUACUUAUUCCAAUUCCAUUUUCCAAAAUAACAUUUAUUUUAAAUAUAAUUUAAUUAUAUUUUAAGGUCUUUUCUAUAGGCAUUACCAUAGAUUAAAUGGAGCUUGUGAUAAAGGAAAGAGGCUUAGUUUUAAGAAGUUAUUAUGCCAGAUAAUACUAAACAGUUACUAAAUAUUAAAAUUCGGCUACGCCGCUGUCUGAAAUAACUACAAUAUUUUCCAAAUUAAAAGCAUUUUUAAAUAAAUAUUAGGUGAUUAUUCUGAUAAUUUGAUAUUAUUUACUUUCAACAUGCAUUUAUUUUGUAUUCUGAAGACUUAAAAUUAUGUUGUUAGAUGCAUUCAUGUUAGUUGAGAAACUUGGAUCACUACACUAUAAUGCAAUAAUUAAUUUAGAAUGUAGCGACUCACUGCUCACUGUCUUGUUCGGGAAUUAACGAGAACUCAAUUAGAGCGCGAAAAGUAUUUAUUACGGUAGGUAUUUGGAAUAAUAUGACAGUAAGAUGUAGUGGCACAGUGAAAAAAAUAAUAAUGCCUUGUUUUGUUCUUGGGAAGCUUGUAACUAAAUGUUUGCAGAAGUAACACAAAAUCUACUGAAGUGCAGUUCGCAUCAAAAGUAUUUAUUUUAUUAUUUGUACUUACUAUCGACUUUUUGCGCUGUCGAUUGUUAUAGUAAUGUAUACUCAACUGAAAAUCAAGUGUAAUAGUUGCAUUGCAAAAGUUGCUGGUACUUUUUAUGCUGACUCUACCUUUGUAGACUAGGCAGAAAAAACAGCACUUCCAAUAAAGUAAUUAUGUAUUGUAUAAUUAAUAAGUUUGUUGCAAUAUUCAUGAAUUUUAUUGGUAAUUUCAGUACUAUAAUGUCAUAACUUGAAAUCAGUAUACAUUACAAUUUAAUACGAAAGAACAACUUAGUGAAGCAAUAAAAGAGCAUUUUCUACUUAAUAAGGCUGUUUGAACUUGUUUUUUU